GUGUUUCCCGCGCCCGGGUUGCCGGGCCGGAGCGGGCAGCGCCGGAGACUCGGCCCUCUUCCGCUGGGGUUUCGUUUCCUCGGCGGCGCGGCGCUGCCUGGAAGAGGAACUUGCCUGAGGCGGGAACUCACCUUUGGCGGGGCCGCCCUCGCCGCUCUGCGGGGGCGGAGCGGAGUCCAUGGAGGGCGCCGCUGGCCGAGGGGCGCGGGGCAGGCGGGGCGCGCGUUCCGGAGCCUCGAGGGGCCGGGGCGCGGCGAGGGGCGCAGCCCGCGCCUCCUCCCGGGGCCGCGGGGUCCGCGGCAGCCCGGACCGUGCCGUGACCCGCGGGGCGCAGCAGCGGGAUGGAGCCGCCGCCCGGCGCGGCUGCCCGGCGCAGGGAGCCCCCGUCCCUAGGAGCCCGCCGGCGUGCACGGCAGCGGGCGGCGGAGAGGUGCCCCCCGCUCCUCGGAGCAGGGCAGCGGCCGCCAGAGCCCCCGCGGCGCAGAGGCGAGUGGCCGUGCCCGACGGGGCUGUCGCCGCUCCCGCGGCCGCCCGCGUCCUCCCGCCUGCAGCGGGUCCCCUGCGGCUCCGGGAGGUGGUGUCGCGGCUCACACUGCCCCGCCAGGACGUGUCGGACGCGGCGGACGUGGUGAACCAGGUGGUCUCGCAGCUGAUCCAGGCCAUCCGGAGCGCGGACGGCAGCUUCAGCUCCAUCGAGCGGCUGGGCGCCGGCAGCUACUACGAGCACGUCAAGAUAACUGAACCGAACGAGUUUGACAUUAUGCUUGUAAUGCCUGUUGCGAGACUUCAGCUGGAUGAAAGUGACGAUACUGGUGCCUUUUAUUAUCUAACAUUCAAAAGAAAUCCUAAAGAAAAGUAUUUGCUGAAGUUUUUAGAUGAAGAUGGAAAAUUAUCAGCCUUCAAAAUGCUUGAAGCACUAAGAGGAAUCAUUAAAAGAGAAGUAAAAAACAUUACAAGAAACAUUGAAAAUGUGGAAGUGACUGUGAAAAGGAGAAAGUCUGGAAGCCCUGCAAUAACUCUUCAGAUCAAAAAGCCUCCGGCAGAAAUAUCGGUGGACAUCAUCUUGACUUUGAAACUUCAGCAGAGCUGGCCGCCCAGCACACAGAAUGGCCUCAAAGUUGAACAGUGGCUGGGAAGAAAAGUCAGGCAAAAGCUCAGAUAUGAAUCAGUUUAUUUAGUAGCCAAGCAAAACAAAAAAGAAAAGGUUCUAAGAGGAAACACCUGGCGACUUUCUUUCUCGCAUAUUGAGAAGACCAUGCUGAACAACCAUGGCAGCUCAAAGACGUGUUGUGAGUCUGGUGGACCAAAGUGCAGCAGGAAAAGUUGUCUUAAACUUUUGAAGUAUCUUGUAGAGCAACUUAAAAUGAAACAUCCAAAAGAGUUGGACAAAAUCUGUUCAUAUCAUGUCAAAACUGCUUUUUUCCACUCCUGUGUUGUAUGGCCAAAUGACACAGACUGGACUUGGGGAGACCUGGAUCACUGCUUUCAGAACUAUCUGGAAUAUUUUCUGGGUUGCCUGGAAAAGUAUCAGCUGCCACACUUUUUUAUUCCCCAAUACAACUUGCUCAGCCUGGAAGAUAAAGCAAGCUGUGAUUUCCUUUCAAGACAAAUAAACCAGCAAUGGAACAACAGAUUCCCAAUAUUUCAGGAAAUGUCUUAAAAACAUUGUUUACAAUAAUUAUGUAAAACCAAAUUGUGUAUAUUUGCAUAUUUAAAACCAGAAGUUCUUCACCUUAAGUUACUCCUCAGUAGUCCAGUACUAUAAAAAACCAAAAUAAAAUCAAGAACACUGUGGUAAAAAAUGGCCAUCAGCCUUAACUGUUAAGUAGGACUUUUAAAGUAAUAUUUUUCUUCCCUACCCAAAUACAGUUAUCACCUGUAAAGUAUCUUCAAGGUAUACUGAAAACAUAUAGAAGCAUUUGUAAUAGUUAAUCUCCCACGCGUACUUUCUACAGUUUCAAAUAUGAAGGCAUCAAUGACUGGGUAAAGUGAAAACUGACAAUUUUAUUUAAAAUGAAGAUCCACUGCAGAAUAUCCAAAAUACACUUUUGCAUUCAAAAGAAGAAAAACCAAAACACUGGAAUUGCUUUGACAUAAACCAGAACAAUGUCUCCAGAUCAGCUGGGUGGAUGAAGACCUUUUGCAGAGAACAAUCACCAGCAACAGUGCCCAGAGAAUAUGGUAUCAAAAUAAAAUGAAGUUCCUGAAAUAACUUA